CAAAGUCAGGUGUCAUUAAACAUCGUAAAAGAUGAUAGUUCCGUAUGCACAGAAAACGAAGGCUCGGGCAGUGAGGAGUUCCAGAUAUUGUGAAGUGUUUUCGGACGGGCUGGGACGAUUCAAUGGUGGAACGGUUGGUUUUCGGCUGCGACCCGACGCGAAGCCGGUGUUCAUGCGCGCACGACCGCUCGCUUACGCACUUCGCGAGCCUGUGGAGCGGGCGCUGGAUCAGCUGGUACGGGAUGGAGUGAUCACGCCGGUUACUACAUCUGACUGGGCUACACCGAUCGUACCGGUAAUGAAAAAGGACGGCACAAUACGCGUAUGUGGUGAUUUUAAAUUAACAUUAAAUAAGUGCUUGGAGGUGGAUCGUUUUCCUUUACCGAGAGUCGAGGAUCUGUUAGUUAAAUUACACGGGGGUAUCAAAUUUACUAAGUUAGAUCUGUCUCAGGCCUAUGCACAACUUGAACUUGAUGAAUCAAAAAAAUACACUGUAAUAAACACUCACAAGGGCUUAUUUAGGUAUAAUAGACUGAUUUAUGGUUUGGCUUCGAGUCCAGGUAUUUUUCAAAGAUUGUUAGAACAACUAUUUUCGGAUAUGCCUCGAGUGGGUGUUUUCCUAGAUGAUGUGAUAAUUACCGGGGAGGACGACCAAUCACAUUUAAAAACACUUCACGAGGUAUUUAAUCGAUUACAAAAAUAUGGUUUAAAAAUUAAAAAAGAUAAGUGUACGUUCUUUGCCGACUCUGUUACAUAUUUAGGCUUUGUAAUUAGUAAAGAAGGGGUUCAUACAUGCCCAAAUAAGAUUGAAGCAAUUCAGAAGGUUCGCAUACCGAAUAAUGUAUCCGAAUUGCGCUCAUUUUUAGGAUUAGUUAUGUAUUACGCUAGAUUUGUUCCAAACAUUAGUACAAUUUUAGCACCAUUGUAUAUUUUAUUAAAAAAGAAAAAAAUAUAUGAAUGGAAUACAGAAAGUAAUAUAGCUUUUAAUAAGGUUAAGCAAUUGUUAACAUCUAGUGAAAUUUUAGCACAUUAUUCACCUGACUUACCCUUAAUUCUAACAACUGACGCUAGCAGUUAUGGAGUAGGGGCUGUAAUUUCACAUAUAACCGCUAAAGGGGAGCGACCUAUAGCUUAUGCGUCUCGGGUGCUUAAUACUGCUGAGAAAUAG